UUCCGCAGCAGUCAGACGUGUUUUCGAAUCCCCAAACCGAAAAAACCAAGUGUUUUUGGUAGAGGGAAAUGUGUGUUUACGAGUCAUAAUUAUCUUGCGGUGUUUCUCGAAUUCGUAAAAGUGAUGUAAGAAAACGUACGAAGUUCUAAAAAAAAUUUAAAUAAAUACAAAUAUUAUUUUGGUGGUCAUUGGGCUUAUGCCAGAAAAGAUUUAAAUCAAAAUCAGAUUUCAUGUUGGUGUAAAAGGCGUUAAAGAAAAAAUUUGCAAAUAUUACGUACAUCCAUACAUGUACUAUAUGUAUAAGUGUCAAAAAGUGUCAUAAUGUCCAAAUUCUUUUAAAGUGUUUAAAAUCACAAAAAUUAAAAAAAAAAACUCUGUGCUGAUCUCUUGACUUUUAGCGACGAGAAAAUACAACUUUGUGAAUAAACUCUACUAAAUGUGAGCUGUGUAUCAGCCGCAACGCCAAGAAUAUAAAAGCAUACAUUCUCCACAACAACAAAGAUAAAGACGAAAAGUUAAUGCCAAAAGACAUCGCCAAAAUGUACACUAUUAUUCCACCGACCAGUGCAUAGUCAAAACCCACUCAACAUAUUUGACAUUCCAACGAGUACACACACAAGUAGUGGCGCUCAUCACUCAACGGCAAAUCAUCUGUCAAAGCCGAGCCGAGCUGUGCAGCCAAGGCGUUAACAGCUAAGUAACCCAAUAAGGCAGUUCGUGCGACAGUCCGCGUCCGUCGACCGUUGUCAGCCACUACACUGCAGCAUGUUUGGGUCACAGCCAGCAUCCGGGAGGCUGGUCACCGCUCUGCCGUGGGCUAUGCACGUCUCAACCACAACGUCACGCUCGUCAUACUUCGAUAUCGGUGGCCCAGCCUUGGCUUCUGCUAUCGGUAGAGUGGCAGCCAGCACCAGCCUCGAAGAAAGCCUGCGCAACAAGAGUGCGUUUGUGGGUGCGGUGUGGGGUGAUGAUGCGGACAUCGAUCCCGCCACGGAUUAUGUGCCACCCUCACAACGACCCGAAACCUAUAUUAUCACAGUGCUGUUUGCGCUCAUCUUUAUUGUUGGCGUUUUAGGUAAUGGCACUUUGGUGAUAAUAUUUUUUCGGCAUCGCUCCAUGCGCAACAUUCCCAACACUUAUAUUCUCUCGCUGGCCUUGGCCGAUCUGCUGGUCAUUACCAUUUGUGUGCCAUUGGCCUCCAUCGUUUACACACAGGAGAGUUGGAACUUCGGUGCCGAGAUGUGUGGCAUCAGUGAGUCCUUCAAAGACAUUUCCAUUGGCGUUUCGGUAUUUACACUGACCGCCCUGUCUGGCGAACGCUAUUUCGCCAUUGUGAAUCCGUUGCGCAAACUGCAGACGCGGCCUUUGACCGUUUUCACCGCCUCGAUGAUCUGGAUAGUGGCCAUUUUGCUGGCGGCGCCGUCGUUUAUUGUCUCCGAUCUUCAAGAGAUACACAUUCCACCAAGCAAGAAUAGUAAGAACUUGACAAUUGUCAUUUGCUCGCCGUUCGGACGUUAUCGCCCCAAUUAUAAGACUUAUUCCAAAUACGCUGUGAUCAGCAAGGCGAUCAUCUAUUAUGUGCUGCCGCUGUUCAUCAUCGGAGCCUUGUACAUCCUCAUGGCCAAGCGUUUGCACACGAGUGCACGUGAAAUGCCCGGCGAGGCGUUGGGCAUGCAAAGCCGGUCGCAGGUGCGAGCGCGUCGUUACGUGGCGCGAAUGGUGGUCUCCUUUGUUGUGAUAUUUUUUGUCUGCUUCUUCCCUUACCAUGUAUUCGAGUUGUGGUUCCACUUAAAUCCCACGGCUAUAGAUGACUUUGAUGACUUCUGGCAUGCCGUUCGCAUAAUAGGAUUCUGUGCAAGUUUUUUGCACUCAUGCGUCAAUCCCGUCGCGUUGUAUUGCGUCUCCGGCGUGUUCCGGCAGCACUUCAAACGCUAUUUGUGUUGCCUGUGCAUUAAACGACAGCCGCACAUCCGCCAACACUCCACAGCGACGGGCGUGAUGGAAACGAGCAUCAUGUCGAUGCGGCGCUCCACCGUCAACAACUACAAUCGCGCAUCGAUGCACAUCAACAAUAACAGGGGCGGCACCAAUGGCGGCGGCGGCAGCGCUGGUGGCGCGUCCACCACCAGCACAAGCUUUCAACGGCAAGCCUCAAUGCCGCUGCACCACAGCGUCACGCUGCAGAAAAACGGAGCUGGCGGCGGCACCCACGCCGCUGGCGACAAGAGGUGAGAUACGGUCGUCAUGAUGCUGGAAGCGGACGAAUUUCUUUAAGUAUGUAACGCACUGCGUAACACUUGUGAUCAUAACAGCACCCACACCCAGACACGUACGCACACAACUGUCCGUUGUGCCAUCACAUGUACUACGUGUUCCACUUGAUGGGGUCUUAGAUAGUUUAAUGAGUUAAGUGUAGUGUUAUUGUUGUACAUUAUUGGGGUUAUUGUAAGGGGGAAGAAUAACAUUGUGUGGUGCAAUUAAAUGCGCACUAAUGAAGCGUUCGAGCGACUUAAAGCGGAAAAAGGCGAGCAGACAGUGUUACCAGCUCGCUUCGGGCGGGAAUAUAGUGCCGCUGUGAGUUAAUCAGCAACAUGACGCUGCGCUUCACUAUGUUUUAAUCUUAAGGGGUACACUCCAAGUGGUAUUAUGCUAACGGUGAUUUUAUAUUUAACUGUUUUUGUUGAUAUUAUGAAGCGGUGGUGCUGCUACCGUUCGUUUGUUGCAAAUACACUAACGAGCAAAAGUUGAGUAUGGCAAUUAAAAGCCUUUUCAAAAGCGAUUUUUAUGAAGUAUACGUGUUCUUGAUAUAUGUAUAUGUAAUGUUUGCCGUUUAAAUAUCACCGCUUUGCUCAUCAGUGUAUAAACAAACAUUUGCCUAAUGUAUAUAUAUGUACUUAUGUAUAUAUAAUGAAAUUUUGUUUAAUUGUAUUAAGAAACCGUAAACUAAAUAGUUUCGUAAACAGUUUAGUAAAUAGUUUAGUAAUUAUAUAAGAAUAUGGAAAUACAUAAAAAAAUUACACAAAUAUCUUGUCGUGUUGAGCCACGCUUAAAAACACUUCGCCUAACUGUGAACUUACUGCUAGAAGUAGAGUUAAGACUUUUUACGUUAAAUCAGGUUGUUGUUAUUGUAUAUACUCGCAUAGUAUUUUUAUAUGUGUGUAAUUACUAAUUCUCUAACUGUGAAUGUACAUAUUUGCAUAAAUUGAUAACUUCCCUAUAUGUGUAGUUGUGAGUACGUUUGUUAACUGUACAUAAAAAUAACAAAUCACAACUGAAAGGCAACCCGAACUGGAAGUUGAGAUCCUGAUCUGGUAUGUACACGAACACACAUAAAUACGUGCGCACACACGGGGAAUAUAUAUGUACAUACAUACACAUAUGUGGUAUGUGUUAUUGUUGGGGUGUUACACUCAAGCAAACUGUUUAAUUUACUUUUGUCACGACGAUAUGGCAACAUUCCCGCUCCAUUCUACCACAUUCUUCCUUGUUUGUAAGUAAUUUUAGCUAGUAAAGAAUACACGCUCACACACACAUGUUUGUAUAUACAUACCUAUACACAAAAGUAAAAACAUAAGUAAAUGUGCGUAACAUGAAAAUAAAGAAUGAACUCAAGAGACGCGAAUACAUAAAAACA